AUGACGGCGACUAACAGAGUUCUCACGCAGUCACGAGUGAUGAGUGUGAUGGAUUGGCACGCCAGCAGCGAAAGCCAGACAAGCAAAGUAAACCCGCUUUCGGCGAGGCAAGCAUCCAUGCUGCCAGAUGUCUGCAUAAGAUCAAUUAACAAGCUGCGAGGGUUCAAAGCUGCGAAGACAAAGCGCCCAUGCAUUCAUGCAGCAAAGGAAAGUACAAGUUAUGCGAGAAUCAAACCCCCUCAAAACACAGACGCUGUUGCUAGCAGAUUUCAGGGUGAAUCACGCUACUCACGGCUUGCGAGUGGGGCUGCAGCUGCUGAGCAUGCCAAGUCGCUGCUGGUCCAAGUGGUGUUGGUUGUAGGCGUCUCGGGUCAACCCAUCGUGAAUCACUUGAACGUGUUUGGCGCGCAAACCGGUGACAAAGAUUUUGAGUCGCAUAUCUCCGAGUGGACACUAUGGUCGGUGGUCACGCGCUCCGCCGGAACUGUAACGAUGGCCGAGCUGAAAGGACGAUUCAAGAUUGAAUCAGAGUUGAAGUUUGCGGCGCGAGCAUGUCUUUCAUCUACGGUUAACGUUAACACGAAUUAA